AUGCAGUAAGUACUUUAUUGAAUUCCUUACUGAGUUUUCUUCUUGCUUGAAGUCCGAUCGAUACUUCCGGAAAGCGUAUUCAUCGUUUGGAGGACAGCAGCCAUAACAGCCGAAUCUCGACGGAAGACGUUCACUCGUUGUGCUCGCAGCUCUCAAACCUCGGCGCUCACUCGCAUUUGAACGCCAGAGCAUCCGAAAGUUCGCACUCUUCCAUCGCGCUCAAAAAUUUCAAAGAGCCGUGCAUUCUACCGUUAAAACCGGUCUCCUACUCCUCAAUUCGAAUCGUGAAAUCUCAGUCCGUCGUGGAAUUCGCGCAGUUCGGAGAGCUGCCCACAUUCCGAAAGCAGGGAACUCGGAGCACGAACAACCCAUGGCGCAGGUACGGAGCACUUCGGAAACUGUGCGAGACGGGCGGCUUCGCUCCCACGACAGGCGCCAAGAAGGAGCGGAAGAAGCGCGAGGAGCUGGUGGUGAUCAAGGUGGGAAAUGGGAAAUACUAAAAUUUCGUAAUGCGUCAUAGCUGUCUGCCCGAGAGGUGUGUCACGUGGCAGUCUUCCUGCGGGUGGCGCCGUUCAAGUAUCCCUAUGAGGUGCCAGCCGGCGCCUGCGACAAUUUGACCGUCUCUUUUGCCACGUCAUCUAAAGUAGACAACACUUUUCCAGCAAAAUGUGAAACUGCCUCCGGCUCCUUUAUCUACUCAGAUGACGUUGAAUAAAGUUCGUGAUCCUGGAGUUUAGUGAGUAAUGGGAAAUUAUAAAGUGUUUGAAUUGAGCAAGGUUUUCAGUGAGAAAAGGCUGGCGCUUCGUGCUCCGAAAGACGUGGGAGUUGACGUGGCAGCUCAAAAGUUGGCCGAGCAAGUGAAGGUGACUCGACUGCAAUCCCAUGGGAGAACAGUAUAACUGCUCAGUGCUUUCAGACGUUCAUCCUCAACCACGGCAUCGAAUUGGUGGAAGACGACUCUGUGCUGACUGCUCAAUCGAAAUAA